AGGAUCUUUAUUCAUUUAAUUUUAUUUUAUUUCUUUCUCUUUUAUAUAUAAACAUGACAUCAAAAAGAAUUAGUCUUGGAAGCCAUUUUUUAAGUAGUAGAAAAAAAGGAGACUUGGAAGAUUUGUUCACUAGUUUUGAUAAAGAUAAAGAUGGGAAAAUAUCCCACACAGAAUUGGAAGAAGUAUUGCAUUCAGCGGGGGUCGAUAGCUCACCAUUUUCAUCCAUGUUUAAUAAAAAAGGAUCAGGUCAUAGAGGUAAUGAAGAAAACCAAGCUGAAGAUGAAAGUAUAGAUUUCAAAGAGUUUGCGAAAAUCAUGAGACCUACUUUAUCGGAUCCUCAUCGUCUUACCUCAAAACAGUUAGAAUUGAAAGAGGCUUUUAAGGCCUUCGAUAAAGAUGGUGAUGGUUUCAUUAAUGAAAUUGAGCUUCAAGCUAUGAUGGAGAAGUUGGGAGAUAAAAUAAGUCUUGAAGAAGCACGUGAGUUAAUUAAGGAUAUUGACUUGGACAAUGACGGUGCAGUUAAUUUUACAGAAUUUUGUACUAUGAUGGGAGUGCAACAACCAAAUACAACCACUACUAAAAAAAGAAAAGAGUGCACACAUCAUCAGCAUAAGUCCUCCAUUAGAAGGUUCUUUUGUAGCCACAAAUCUGAGCAAUGAAAAAGGAAAAAAGAAAAAGUUUGUUUUCUAUAUUUGGCAGUUUUUAUAACGGAGAUUAAAAUAUUAUUCAAACAAAAAAAAAAAACAAAAAAACAAAAAGUAUUUGUUGUGAAUAAAGUUAAAUUUUUCUAAACAGAAAAUUACAAAUUAAAAAGAUAGAAAGUUGUCACCUAUCAACAGACGUAUUACAAAGAAUUUGUUGCCGCGGCCCUGUAUUAAUUACUGCUGUAAUAAAGUACAGUACCAGAAAAAAAAAAGAUAUUUAUUAUGAGAAAAUAUAUAAGGGACAUUUUAUGAUUACUCUUCU